CAUGCUUUAAAUGAAUAACUUGUCACGGCUUCCAUUAAACAAAAAAGAAAUUUAAAAAUCUUGUAUUGUUUGUAAAUUUACUUUUUUAGAUGCAAAUCGUAUUUACAAAUUCAAUUAUUUUUUAAAAAAAUAGCUACUAAGUGAAGAAAUAUUCAUUUACGUGAUAUUCGCUUUGGUCUUUAAUCAAGUUUUAGAUUGACUAUGGCGGCAAAUAUGAACCGAGGAUAUCCUGUACCUCCUCAGGGUCAUGUUCAGGGUCCUACAGGCCCUCCACCCGGUCCAGCUCCAGUACCACCACAAGGGCCUCCUGCUAUGCCAAAUCAGCCAGGAAUUCCUCCUACUGUCCCACCAGGCCCAGGAAAUCCUCCAAUGCAGCCUAAUCCAAUGGGUCCUAUGCCACAACAUGGUCCGGGUAUGAGGCCUCCAGAGAGACCAAUGGGUUUACAGCAUGCAGGACCCCCACCUAGUCGUCAAUAUGGAUCUCCAACUCCUGUAUAUCAGAAUCAUUUUCAGCCACAGCCACAAAGACCAGGAUACCCACCUGGCCCAAUGCAAAACUCUCCUGCACCCCCAUCACAGGAAAUGCAUGGUCGAGUUGGGCAAGGUAUGGGUCCACCCACUCAAACGUAUCCUGCAAGGGCACCGCAAGGUCCAAUGGGUCCAAUGCCUAUGGAGUCAAGAAAAAGACCUGCUCCUGACCGCUCUGAUAGCAGAUCACAAGGACCUACUUCCGCUAAAAGUGGUGGUCCUCCAUCCUCUUCUAAUCCCAGCAGUGCAUCAGGUCCUGCAUCAGGUGGCAGUACUAGCAGUUCAAGCAAAAAGAAGAAAAAAUUGGCAGAAAAGAUUUUACCUCAGAAAGUCAGGGAUCUAGUUCCUGAAUCUCAAGCUUAUAUGGACCUCUUAACAUUUGAAAGAAAAUUGGAUUCUACUAUCAUGAGAAAAAGGCUUGACAUUCAAGAGGCUCUAAAAAGACCCAUGAAGCAAAAGCGUAAACUGCGUAUUUUCAUCUCUAAUACAUUCUAUCCUGGAAAACCUGAAAGUGAAUCUGGAGAGGAGCCAACAGUUCCAUCUUGGGAAUUGAGAGUAGAGGGUCGACUCUUGGAUGAUCCCAAUGCACCCAAAGCUGAUCAGAGUAAAGUGAAAAGGAAAUUUUCUUCCUUUUUCAAGAGUUUAGUGAUUGAACUAGAUAAAGAUCUCUAUGGUCCAGAUAACCAUUUGGUGGAAUGGCAUAGAACACCUACUACAACUGAGACAGACGGUUUUCAAGUAAAGAGACCGGGCGACAAGAAUGUCAGAUGCACGAUUCUUCUACUUUUGGAUUAUCAACCUCUUCAAUUUAAGCUUGAUCCUAGAUUAGCUCGUCUUUUGGGUAUCCAUACUCAAACUCGACCCAUCAUCAUUGGAGCAUUGUGGCAGUAUAUUAAGACUCACAAACUACAGGAUGCUCAUGAGAGAGAAUACAUUAAUUGUGACAAAUAUUUGGAGCAGAUAUUCCAAUGUUCCAGAAUGAAGUUUGCUGAAAUUCCGCAAAGACUUCAUCAACUCUUGCAUCCAGCUGAUCCCAUUGUAAUUAAUCACGUCAUUAGUGUUGAAGGGCCUGAUACUAAGAAAACAGCUUGUUAUGACAUUGAUGUUGAAGUGGAUGAUCCGUUGAAAUCUCAAAUGAACAGUUUUCUUUUAUCUACUGCAAGCCAACAAGAAAUUCAAGGUUUGGAUAAUAAAAUUCAUGAAACUGUUGAAACCAUUAACCAAUUGAAAACAAAUCGAGAGUUCUUCCUCAGUUUUGCCAAAGAGCCUCAACAAUUUAUCUACAAGUGGCUUAUCUCUCAGACUAGAGAUCUUAAGACUAUGACAGAUGUUGUUGGUAAUCCUGAAGAAGAGAGGCGAUCUGAUUUCUACUAUCAACCAUGGGCUCAAGAGGCUGUAUGUCGAUACUUUUAUGGUAAAGUGAACCAACGACGAGCUGAGUUGGAACAAGCACUGGGCAUUCGAAACACAUAAUUUUUUUUUUUAAAUAAACAGAACAUUUGAGUAACGAUAAUUAUUGUUCACUGUGAAAGUGUCUCCUUAGUUUAGUUUACACAUAUUCCAAGUAUUUUAAUUCUGCGAUAUGUUUUAAUAAAAUAUCCAUUGUAACAUA